AAGAUGUCCUGGUCGCAUGCAACCUUCCUUGUCGCUGUGCUCCUGUCACUGUCCUUAUCUCAGGAGGUAGACAGUGCAGCUGUCCCCGAUGAUAAGGCCACUACCAAGGCAACUGACCCGAGAGGUCCACUGAGGGAGAUCUUCAUGCCCGAGGCCGACGCAGCAAACUUCUUCAGACGCCGCAGCAGAAGAGCUGCCAAGUCUCAGGACGAAAUUGACGCUGAACAGAGGCAGGUGCUGGCUGCAGAUAAGCGGAAGAGAGAGAACCACGAGGAACAGAGGAAUGAGUUUGAGAACUACGCUGAGGAGGAGCAUGACGAGCAAGACGAGAGGACACGGGAGAGCACCGAGCAGUGGCGAGAGUUCCACUAUGACGGCCUGCAUCCCCCCCAGGAGUACAACCGCCAGUCUACCUGAGACAUCACCGCCCUACUGGAGAACAGUGGUAUUACAGCAGGCAGGACACAGAGGGCUACGCCCCCUUCUAUAAUAUAGUAAAUGUAUCUUUUUAUAAUGUCAUGUACGCUUCCAGAAAUACUUUGGAAAGACUUUAGGUAGGUGUUCUCUUUUAGAUAUACCUUAUAAAUCAUAUAUUUUAAAGAAACAAAUUACUGUUAUUCUUCUGUACUAGUUUGAACGCUUGCAUGUGUGUUGCAUUUUCGCAUGUUGUGUGACUAUACAAUGAUGUAGAUUUGAACAUGUUUAUACUUAUAUACAGCUUUAGUCGGAAGUUUACAUACACUUAGGUUGGAGUCAUUAAAACUCAUUUUUCAACCACUCCACACAUUUCUUGUUAACAAACUAUAGUUUUGGCAAGUCGGUUAGAAUAUCUACUUUGUGCAUGACACAAGUAAUUCUUCCAACAAUUGUUUAUAGACAGAUUAUUUCACUUCUAAUUUCCCGUAUCACAAUUCCAGUGGGUCAGAAGUUUACAUACACUAAGUUGACUGUGCCUUUAAACAGCUUGGAAAAUUCCAGAAAAUGAUGUCAUGGCUUUAGAAGCUUCUGAUUGACUCAAAUGAUUUCAAGGCCUAUUUCAAGGCCUUCCUUCAAAUGAAGUGCGAAAAGUGCAAAUCAAUCCCAGAACAACAGCAAAGGAUUUUGUGAAGAUGCUGGAGGAAACAGGUACAAGAGUAUCUAUAUCCACAGUAAAAUGAGUAUAUAUAUAUAUAAUUCUUCUCUUGGAAAACAACACGGGUCUUUCACAAUGGGACAUGUAAGAGUCUGACGUAUUUUUCUGAUGAGUAAGGAGUGUUUUUGUCCAGUGAAAAGUUGACACACCUACUCAUUCCAGGGUUUUUCUUUAUUUUGACUAUUUUCUACAUUGUAGAAUAAUAGUAAAGA